AUGUCUUUCGUCGAAGACAAGCAAAAAAUAGAAGAAGGUGAUCAUGUCUUAGCAUGGAUGACACGAUCGGAUGUGCGACCAAUCAAAGUUCAGUCUGGUGAGCUCCUCAAUAACCGAUAUGGUCCGUUUAAACACGAGGACAUGGUUGGCAGGUCAUUUGGCGCCCAGCAAGCUUCCUCUGCGAAUCAAGGCUUUAUCCAUUUAUUAUCGCCUACUCCUGAGCUAUGGUCUCUUUCACUACCCCACAGAACUCAAAUUAUUUAUGGUCCUGAUGCUAGCUACAUUGUGCAUCGUCUCAAAAUCAGACCCUCGUCGGUGGUGAUAGAAGCAGGUACGGGCUCGGGUGCGUUGACACAUGCGUUGGCCCGGACCGUAUCAAAGUCAGGGAAAAUCUUCACUUUUGAGUACCACGAAAGCCGAUGUGAGCAGGCAAGAGCAGAGUUUGAGUCUCAUGGUCUGUCUGAGAUUGUGCAGAUCACUCAUCGAAACGUAUGCGAAGAUGGAUUCGCAAUUGAUACCGAUAUCAAGGCUAGUGCUGUAUUUCUUGAUUUACCAGCACCUUGGACUGCUAUUCCUCAUUUAUUUGAGCAUGUGGAUAGGUCUAGAGCAGUUCACAUCUGCUGUUUCUCUCCCUGUAUCGAGCAGGUUAUCAAGAACAUUUAUGCCCUUCAAGCAGCCGGAUUCCAGCACAUCGAAAUGGUCGAAAACCAAGCCCGUCGAUGGGAAGGUCACCAGACUAUGGUUCGCACUGUUGAAGAAAGUAUGGAUUUGUUGAGAGACAUUCGACGCAGGAGGCAGGACGGUAUGGAUUUCCGUCACGGAAGGGUCGAGAAACGCAAGCUGGAUAAUUACAACCCCUGGGGCAAAGGAACCCGGGUGAGAGAAGGGGAUGAGGGAUAUAAUUGGAGACCUGUGUCGUGGAUGGAGACUGAUAUCAAGAGCCAUACUUCUUACUUGACUUUUGCCAUUCUGCCUCCAACAAGCCCGGACAAGUAUAAAUAA